AGGAAUGAUGAAGAGGCGGUGGUGGACCAGGGAGGAACACGCUCCAUCCUCAAUACCCAUUUUGAAAAGGAGGACUUGGAAGGUCACAGGACUUUGUUUAUCGGGGUUCAUGUGCCAUUGGGUGGAAGGAAAAGCCAUCGCCGCCAUAGGCACCGUGGACACAAACAUAGAAAGAGAGACAGAGAAAGAGAUUCAGGAUUAGAGGAUGGUCGAGAGUCUCCUUCAUUUGAUACACCUUCACAGAGGGUGCAGUUUAUUCUUGGAACAGAAGAUGAUGAUGAGGAGCACAUCCCACAUGAUUUAUUCACCGAGCUUGAUGAACUUUGUUUGCGAGAAGGAGAUGAUACCGAGUGGAGAGAGACUGCCAGGUGGUUGAAGUUUGAAGAAGAUGUUGAAGAUGGCGGGGAGAGGUGGAGUAAACCAUAUGUUGCUACUUUAUCACUUCAUAGCUUGUUUGAAUUGAGAAGUUGUAUCCUUAACGGCACAGUCUUACUAGACAUGAGAGCAAAUUCUUUAGAAGAAAUCGCAGAUAUGAUUCUUGAUCAACAAGUAGGGUCCGGACAACUCAGUGAAGAUGUUCGCCACAGAGUCCAUGAGGCGCUACUCAAACAGCAUCACCAUCAGAACCAAAAGAAAUUAAGCAAUAGGAUCCCAAUAGUCAGGUCCUUUGCUGACAUUGGCAAGAAACAGUCUGAACCCCAUUCCAUGGACAAAAAUGCAGGUCAGAUUGUUUCCCCACAGUCUGCGCCAACCAUUGAAAUCAAAAAUGAUGUCAGCCGAGAAAACAGCACUGUUGACUUUAGUAAGGGACUAGGAGACCAGCAAAAAGGGCAUAACACUAGUCUAUUUGGGAUGAAACAGAGAAAUGAAAAAGGACACCUUCAUCAGGAAGAGAGAGAGAGAGAGGUUGACAUGCAUUUCAUGAAAAAAAUCCCUCCUGGAGCUGAAGCCUCAAACAUUUUGGUUGGUGAGCUUGAAUUCUUGGACCGUGCUGUAGUCGCUUUUGUUAGAUUGUCGCCUGCUAUGUUGCUCUCAGGAUUGACAGAAGUUCCAAUCCCAUCAAGAUUUUUGUUUAUUCUUCUGGGACCCUUAGGAAAAGGUCAACAGUACCAUGAGAUUGGCAGGUCAAUUGGAACAUUAAUGACAGAUGAGGUAUUUCAUGAUGUUGCAUAUAAAGCUAAGGAUCGCAGUGACUUGGUUGCUGGAAUUGAUGAGUUUCUUGAUCAAGUGACAGUUCUCCCUCCAGGAGAAUGGGACCCAACAAUUCGUAUAGAACCUCCCAAAAAUGUUCCUUCUCAGGAGAAACGUAAAAUUCCAGGUGUACCAAAUGGAACUGCUGCUCAUGGAGACCCAGAGCCACUUGGAGGACAUUCCGGACCAGAAUUACAACGUACUGGAAAGCUCUUUGGGGGCUUGGUUUUAGAUAUCAAGAGGAAAGUGCCAUUCUUGUUGAGUGACUUCACCGAUGCAUUCAGCUUGCAGUGUCUAGCAUCUUUUCUAUUUCUCUAUUGUGCUUGUAUGUCUCCUGUUAUCACCUUUGGCGGUUUGCUGGGAGAAGCAACAGACGGUCGUAUAAGUGCAAUAGAAUCUCUGUUUGGUGCAUCGAUGACCGGAAUAGCUUACUCACUGUUUGGUGGGCAGCCUCUUACCAUAUUGGGUAGCACAGGACCAGUUUUGGUGUUUGAAAAGAUAUUAUUCAAAUUUUGCAAAAGAGAAGAGAGAGACACGACUGUAUAUAUUGUCAUACAGGAGCAAUUCAAUUCCAUUGCUGCAUUGCUGGGACUGGAAAAUUAUGUCUGGUAUCAUUCAGGGCUGUUUAACCCACUUCAAUUUAUAUGUGAUUGCCCAAGAGGAAAGGAUGGUGAACUAAAUUAUUCAUUUCUAAUUGAGAGAACAUCAACCAUUGAUUUGUUUUUCAGAUGCAGCUGUGUGGAACCAGAUGACCCAAGCAAUACUACCUUACAAUAUUGGCAGUCAAAGAACAUGUCCUCAUAUGAGAUACCUUGGGCAAAUCUUACUGUGACUGAAUGCCAGAAUUGGAAAGGGAUAUUUGUUGGACGAGCCUGUGGCGAACAUGAGCCUUAUGUUCCAGAUGUCCUCUUCUGGUCAGUCAUCUUAUUCUUUUCUACGGUCAUACUGUCGUCCACACUGAAGCAGUUCAAGACUAGCCGAUACUUCCCAACCAAGGUACGGUCUGUGAUAAGUGACUUUGCCGUCUUUCUCACCAUCCUAUCUAUGGUGAUAGUUGACUAUUUCCUUGGGAUCCCAUCACCAAAACUUCAGGUUCCAAAUGUUUUUAAGCCUACCAGGGAUGACCGUGGCUGGAUUGUCUCACCUUUGGGUCCGAAUCCUUGGUGGACAGUCCUAGCUGCUCUAAUUCCGGCUCUUCUUUGUACCAUUCUGAUAUUUAUGGACCAACAAAUUACAGCUGUUAUUAUAAACAGGAAGGAACAUAAGCUAAAGAAAGGCUGUGGCUAUCACUUGGACCUGCUGAUGGUGGCCCUCAUGCUUGGUGUGUGUUCAAUCAUGGGCCUGCCUUGGUUUGUGGCUGCCACUGUUCUGUCCAUCUCUCACGUGAACAGCUUAAAGUUGGAAUCCGAAUGUUCAGCUCCAGGAGAGCAGCCCAAAUUUCUUGGCAUUCGUGAGCAACGGGUCACUGGGCUCAUGAUAUUUAUCCUGAUGGGCUGCUCGGUUUUUUUAACCAGAGUGCUUAAAUUUAUUCCCAUGCCAGUACUUUAUGGUGUAUUUCUUUACAUGGGUGCCUCUUCUCUCAAAGGAAUUCAGCUUUUUGACAGAAUCAAGUUAUUCUGGAUGCCUGCCAAACACCAGCCAGAUUUCAUCUACCUAAGGCAUGUUCCCCUUCGAAAAGUCCAUCUCUUCACAGUCAUCCAGCUGACCUGUCUUGUGUUACUAUGGGUUAUUAAAGUUUCAAGGGCUGCCAUUGUAUUUCCGAUGAUGGUCUUGGCAUUGGUGUUCGUCAGAAAACUCAUGGACUUCUUUUUCACCAAACGUGAGCUAAGCUGGCUGGAUGAUUUGAUGCCAGAGAGCAAGAAAAAAAAACUUGAAGAUGCUGAAAAAGAGGAGGAACAAAGUAUGUUAGCAAUGGAAGAGGAAGGAACAGUCCAGUUGCCACUUGAAGGACACUGCAGAGAUGACCCAUCUGUAAUAAAUAUUUCUGAUGAGAUGGCAAAAUCAGAUGUAUGGAAGACAAUGUUGAUAACAUCAGAAAAUGCCAAGGACAAGGAGUCCAGCUUUCCUGCUAAAAGCACUGAAGGCCGCCGAGAGAAGAAAGCUGACUCAGGGAAAGGUGUGGAUCGUGAGACUUGUCUGUGACUUGCUCUUCAGUGUGUUUGUUUAAAAAAAACAACCAAGAGAAAUGCAGGAGUGCCGCAAUCAUUAAUGUUCCAGGUUUGAUUGCCCCCUUGUACAUCUUGUGCAUCAUCUCACAGUAGCACUGGUAUAAUGUAAGUGGUGCAGUAUGUGCUUCAGUUCACUGUCUGCUCUUCGGUUCCGGCCGAAGCAAUGCAGAAAAUGGGGUUAGCCAAUGAAACCAUGUUGGGAUUCCACAGUUGAAACCCUUGGGAUAUUUGAACCAGUGUUUCCAUUCUAAUCUCUCUCUGUAGAGGUGGACAUAUUUUCCUACUUUGCAUAUGUGACUUAUUUUCAUAGCUUUUCCAUACUAGAACAAACAAACAAAAAACCAACUGGAAAUAAUCUUUAUUCAGAUGAAUAAAGGAUUCAAUUAUUGAAUCCAUAUUCUUACAAUCGAAGAAUUGUAUAGUUUGGGGCCAACUGUUUCAGAAAUCUAAAAGUAACAAAGGAAAAUUCAUUUUAGAGCUAUUUUUCAAUAAUGAGUGCUUUAAUCCUCCAAACUCAUAACAUUUUAAGGAAGUUACAACCCCCCCCCCCAAGUUUAAAAUCAUGGCUUGUAUGUGUGGGUGUACGAUUGUAUGUAUGUGUGUGUGAUUUAAAGGAUGAGACCUAUAUUUGUGCAAUUUCCUUGAUUUAAUACUGGAUAUUUAAUAUUUAAAUUUAUAUAUAACUGGAAAAAUAAAACAAUAUAAUAUAUAAAGAUAUAUAGAAUAUAGUUAACAUUCUCUCAUCUUGUUUGAGGAAAAAAGCCACAUCCAUCGAUGUGCACUAUCCGUACAAUAUUUGUUGUGAAUGCAAGCUGUUACUAUUGUAUCUUAUACUGUACUGUACUAAAUGUUGCAGUGGUAAGUCCAACAGCUGCAUUGUGGAGAUAAAUAAUUCUUAUUUUUUUUCCUAACUUUCUGGAUUAUAAUCCUUGAUGGAAAUGAUCAAUAAAAAUGAUCCAGGGUAAUCAAUAGGGCAAUUGCUUCUCAUCAAGUGCAUGCUUCCAGGCACAAUCCAUCCAUAGUUAAAUUUUUAAGACCUAUUGAUUUCAGGCUAAUUGUUCAAGCAUGCACUUUUUUAAAAAAUACCAAUGGGACCAAGGUGUGAUUUGAUUGUAAUUUCAUUUAUUUCCCUUUGCUAAUUAAGUUUGAAGUCAGGAUCCCAAUCUGAAAUAAAAGUGUUGGCAUUUAUGGGCAUGGCUGUUACUGAUCAGGUCUCCGUUCUGCACAAAUGUAUGUUCAGUCUUUCUUAAUAGUUUCAUGUAUUUGGAAUCCACACUCUUUCUGUAGAAGCCAUAUAAUAUUAUUACUGUCUUGAAUUUUAUGAUAGCCAAGCUACAUCUUUUCACCCCAGAAAACAACUUCAAAGAGGGUCCAUUGUCAAGCAGGUUGCAUGUGCUGGACAGCUCCCCAUUCUUGGCCAUUUUCGGCUGCGGUCAAAUACAGCCAUGCCAAGUAACAGACUCGUAGUUUUAGUAGGGUGCCUGACCACAAUUCUUUCAGGGCACUCUCACCAUAAUAAUUAUCCCCAUAGCCAAAGCCUUUGGUUGCUCAUUUGGAAUGGGCAUAAGAAACCUGUGGCUGCAUAUUCGUGAAGGAAGCUACAAGACUCUGUGUGUGUGUGUGUGUGUGUGUGUGUGUGUGUGUGUGUGUGUGUGUGUGUGUGUGCGCAUGCUUCGGUCUAGCUGGUUGGCCAAUCUGCUGCAGAGAAUGGUCACAAGGUAUGAAGGCAGAUGGGAGAAGGGGAAUGUCCCAAGCACCUGUGAGAAUGAAUGCAUUGUGAGUAAAAUAAAAGGGCAAUAUAAAAAACAUUUUAAAUUUUAAAAAUGGUUUUGCUUUCUUUGGGAGAGGGGAGGACAUUAAUAAACAAUUAAUCAGAUCUUACAAGCUCACCAAUGGUUUCAAGAAUCAGGAAAAUAUACCUAUGGGAUUUCAACACACAAGCUUUUUCAAGUUCCAAGUUGCCCCUACUAUGGGAAGAAUCCUCAGCUGAGAUCUGCUGCCAGGUAUGGCAACAGCCUGAUCAGUAGGACUUGGUAGCUAGAAGAGAAUAAGGAGUCAGAAUCAGUGAUAAGAACCAGCCCUGAUUCUUGUUUGCUAGUCAGGGACCUGGAAAAGUUGCAGUUGUUGAACUGACUUCUCCGUUGAAGUGUUUGAGUGGGUGCCAUACACGAAGUUAGGUCUGUGUAUAAGAAACACUAGGAAAACUUUAGAUGAAGCAUUUGUGCCUGUUUCUCUCCAAAGGACCAUGAACUUCAAAGCAUAUACAGUACAUGUUGACAGGAACAUAGGACCAAAGAAUAGGGAUUUUCCAGAACAGAAAAAAAUGCAUAGUUCUUUUUACAAUUUGGAACCUUUUAGCAUAUCUUUUAAACACAGUUUGCUUAUAGAAGGCUUCCUCCUUUUCCCCCACUCCAUUAGAUCCACCCAGUGGGUCCAAGCAGCAGCCAUUUAGAUUCUGGUCUUUCCUGUAGAACAGGAGUAGGGAACUGUGGCCCCUUUAUGGCUUGUGGACUUCAACUCCCAGAAUUCCUGAGCAAGGCUGGUUCAGGAAUUCUGGGAAUUGCCCAUAAGUCAUAAGGGGGCCAUAAUUCCCCACCUUUGUGUGGAGCAUCUGCUAUGGUUGUAGUCAAAUGCAUCCACCAGCUUCAGAUUUUUUUCACCCUGUUCAAGUAGGAAAUAUGGAAAACCAAGAUUAAGGAGCCAAGGCCUUGCCAUAGACACGUUCUCUUCUAUCAUCAGUUAAAAGAGAAUGUAUUCUUGCCUUUUGCAAGAAAGUUGUAGCCUUAAGAGCCGUGUGUGUGUGUGUGUCUGUGUGUCUCUGUGUGUGUGUGAUUGACAGCAUCCGCUCAAUUGCAGGAGCUUGGGAAUGGCUGCUUUGAGAAAUGGGCCUCAUCCAUCUGCACAGGCUACUCUUUCUUCAGUGAUAGCGGGGUAAGAGUCUAGGCUACCCAAUUCCAUAUGCCUUGUGCUUUGAACACAGUAUCACACCAGCUGCUUUUGUGCCAAAAGUAGGCAAAAUUAGAUUUACAUAAUGAAAAGCAUUGCUUCUGAAGUUAUUUUUGAUGCCCAGUAUUAGCAGGCUCUCAGUGUUGUCUAAAUAACCUCAAAUUCAUGUUAUGCAAAUGAUAGAUUCAAAGGAAAAGAAAAACACAUGGACUAAAAUGUAUGGAUACAUUUAGAUAAAAGUAUGACUCUGAUAAGAUUAAAAUGCUUUGUCAUUGUGUACUGGAUGAUCCCUUGUAACAUUCCAAAUGAGUCUCUUAAUAGCCAUGCAAUGUAGAGUGGUCCAUGAAGAGAGACUGCUGGUAUUUUUUUAUGCUAAUGUGCAGAACAAUCUACUCAGCUUUCUGGACACUAAAAAUUCAUGGACUGAAUUAUUCUGCAGUAUUGCUAUUCAGGAUUUUGGAGGGCUCUUUUUUAAAAUAGAUAUCCUGUUUUUGUGUAAGUAUCAAUCCCAACAUUUUCAAAUCACAAUAAGAGAGUAAAAUGCAACUGGCAAUACUAUAUUUACCUUUGAUUUCCCAUUUCCAGAUCAAAUUGCUUAAUUUCUUGGAUGUAAUUUAUUAAAAAGUUUUAAGUGUACAUGUGAAUAGAGUGUUGUUUUUUCAUGAUUCAAGAAAUGUUA